AGAUUUCCGGUCAAAAGAAGGACUCGUGUCGCAUGCAAACCCCAUGCGGUGUCUUGCUGUUCUGUUGCGAAUGGUGCAUUUAAUUUUAAAUAACUGUCGGUGUUGCCUGUAAAUUAUCAUUAAAGACUUUAUUUCUAUUAUCACAUAAACAUAAUGGCCGAUUUAGAUGAUUUUUUCGCGAAAAAAGAUCGCAAAAAAGCGAAGGGAAAAAAAUUCACAACCACCGAAGAGAUAGCAAAAAAAUUGGAAGAAACUGGAAAGCGUAUUGAAAAACCAAAACCUAAAGAAAAACCAACAAAUCCCGAGGGUGAAGAAGUACAGCAAGUUGAGGAGGAAGAUGAAUGGAGAGAAUUUGAGGAGGAAAAGAAGGAUUAUUCGGGAUUGAAGAUUGGAAAUUUACAAGUAACCGAAUCGACGGAUGCUGAAUCGGACGAUGGCCGAGGUACAGGUGAUAAUAGUUCGGAUGGAGAAUCAGGAGAACCCGGCAACAAACACAGUGGACCUUGGAAAAAGCCUGAAUUACCACCACAAACAGAAGUUGAACCCGAAGUCCAACAGAAACCAGAAAAGCAAGUCACCAGCAGUAGUUAUAAAGCUCCGCAUUUAAGGAAUCAAUCAUCAUCAGUAAAUAGUCCGCGACAACGAGCAAGGAACAUUGCACCAGAUAUUAAGAGCGAGGAAUAUUUUCCAAGUUUAAGUUCAAAACAGCAACAGAGUAAUGAACCUUCCGGACCAUGGGGCGUCAGACGGAAACGAGAUGAUAAUACAUUUGAAGAAGUUCGAAAUAAAGGAAGCAGUAGAACGAUGACUGUACAUGAAACACAAUCACAAGGGCCAAAACUUUCUUUGGGCAAUAAAUAUGGAGCAUUAUCACAAGAUCAGAGCUGAAAGUGACAAAAUUUGUCUGAUUACAUGAUAAAUAAUCAAUUCGUCAUUGCCUCGCUCCAGUUUGCGGCCCAGUCAUGCUACAAAACAAAACAAAAUAAACUUGAUAGGCUAAGCUUUCGUGUGUAACGCCUUAACAUUUACAUCCCCCCUUUUUACACACCUUUUAUAUCUUGGAUGUACAUACAUGUAGCUCUUGUGUCUUAAAUGUACAACCUUGUUUUUCUUUUUAAAAAACAAAAACACAGUCAAAUUUCACCUUCGUCCAAAUAAGACUGUUGCUUCUUUGGAUAUUUUUUUCUUUUUUUUACAAAAAAGUUUCUAAAACGCAGUUUUUUUUAAAUUUCGAAACACUAGCCUAGAAUUGAGAUAAAAGAGCAUUUUUUUAUUAAUUGUGGGAAUUCAGAUCAAUUGCAAAUUUAUAUUCUCUUUAUCUCUCUUUACGAAAAUUUGCAAUUCAAAAUCAAUGUUAGUCAAUUUUUCAAAUUUUAUGACCGAUAAAAUUGCAAAGAAAGAAAUGUACUUUUUGUUUUGCGAGUGAAUUUCAAUUUGCACAUUUUUGAACAAUCACACUUGGGAAAAAAAGAGAAGAAUAUUAUUGUUGAGUCGAAAAAUUUUUCGUGAAUUCUCAUACAAUUGAAAAUUUUUUUUUUCUUUCUCUGAACGCCGUUAAACAUUAUUAAAUAGUUAAAUAAAGGAAAUUAUACGAAUAUAGAAAAGGAAAUAUUCGAGGCUGGGCUUCGAAUUUGUAACAAGUCUUAAUUGAAUUGAAUUAGGGGAAAAGAAAAGAAAAAAGAAAAAUCGAGUAAAGAAUUUGUAAUUUUGUUGAUGCUUGUUUAAAUAAUUUUUUCUUUAGUGUAAGUUUCCUUUUUUUAAGUGGCACUGGUGUGUUGUUUGUGUGAGACUAGCGAAGAGAUUGUUUUAUGAAAAAACUAUUUUUGGGGUGUUAUUUGCAUAGAACAUUUUCAAGUGGUGUACGAAGUCUCAGGCCAAGAUUGGAAAUAUAUAGGAAAUGAAAAUUUGUAAUUAUUUAUGUGAAAAAAAAACUGAAAGAGCGCCUAUUUAUAUUAAGGGAGAAAAAAAAGUAACUGGAUAAUCUUCCUAUCAAUUAAUUGCAUUGGCCAAUUUUUUUUUCUUUUUUUUUAAAUAAUAAUAAUUUAUUAUUCUUUUGCGACUAUUUGCAUUUGUAAUCCAAAUUAUUAUUUGUAUCGUGUACUAUGUGUUCUCAUUCUUUUUAAAUUAUGUAUUUCUAAUAGAAUUUUCAAAAAAAUCCAGUACUCUUUUUACACCGAAUUUGUCGAUAUUGCUUUCUUUUUUUUCAAAAAAAAAAAAAAAAACGAUCAUUCUCGAACUGAAUUUCUGAUUUGUCGGUUCACGUUAAUUUUUGUUAUUACGGGGUUUUUGAAUUUUUUUUUCAAUUUACUCCAGUUGAGUGAAAAACGACAGAAUGCCAGAAAGUGCGAACGAGUGUAUGUGAUGCAAGCAUAUGUGACGAAAAAUUCUCAAAUAAACUAUCAAAUGUAAAA